GUUGCCUCAUGCCCUCUCUAUUCAACUACAACAUUCACAAUGCCCAGCGACCCCAGCCACACCAUGGAGUGUGAAGAGCCAGAUGAGUGCACCCAACCCACCGAGCCCAACAAACCCAUCGAGCUCAACAAAAUCAUCCAGUCCAUUGAGCCCAUCUGGCCAAUCAUACCCCUCAAUCUCAAGCGAUAUUUCCCAACCACCAAGAGCGAGAGCUACGAAUUCGAACCCUUCGAAGCCAGCCCGAAUCCCGAAAAAGAGAGCGACAGCUCUGACGAAAAGCUCUUCCAAGCGCAGAAGCUCUACUUCCGGGACCACACCAACCGCAGGACGCGAUACCUCUGUCUAAUCAUCGUAUACGGCCAUUCCUCCCACGAAGAAGCAUGCAAAGAGGCCUUACGAAUAUCCUGGCAUCGCAAUAGGAAGAAGAUGUCCUCAAAGGUGAUAAUGGGACUUAUCAUAGAUGAAGAGAAACAGGCGUGGUUCCGAGGGAGUCACACUGACGAGGGGUAUAUCAAGAAGAUGGGCAGAAAUUGGGUUGCGAAUAAUGAGUGUAUGCUGAGAAGGUACUUUCGUACUUUUCGGCGCGGGUUGAGGAGACAUGCUCCUAGUCCGGGGUAUGAUCCUGGGUUUGAGUCUGGGUCUGAAAGUGAGUUAGAUCUUGUUGAGCAGGAAUUUUUUGCGGACGGAGAUGUGGAUGAGUCUUCUGUUUCGGAUGCCGUCAGUUCUGAUUGCGGUGGGGAUGGUGUGGAUGUUCCUGAUGGGGAUGGUGCUGUUCGUCCGGGUUCUUCUGGGUCUGGUCAUGAUGAACUACCGUCUGACGAGACUGAUAGUGAUGAUGAAACUUGGGUCCCUCCUGAGAGUGAUUCUAAUGAGAGUUCGUCAUCUUGA